AUGAGCUCCACAUCGAACUCUGGCAAGAAUCAGUGCUGCCCCAGCGAGGUGCACAUCGAAGACAUUCACUUGGGUGAUAGAUUCAUGGAGGAUAUGGGUCGACGCCGCCUCAGCGAAGUCUUUGCGGAUGUUUGGUUAUUGGUUGAGGAUCAGCGGAUUCCCGCCCACUGUGUGAUUUUGUCAGCACGGAGUGACUUUUUUCGUGAUCUGCUCUACGGCUCAAUGCCAAAGGAUCAUCAGAUAACGCUAUAUGUGGCAUUGGCGCCUUUCAAAGUGAUUUUGGGAUAUAUCUACACGGGCACGCUGUCAAUCUGCACACUGUCUUUGGCUUCCAUUGUCAAUGUGUUGGCUGUGGCCCACCUGUAUGGAUUGCGGGAGGUAGAAAUGGAGUUGAACAAACGUCUUGAGCAGAGUCUGCACCUCAACAACGUGUUCACGGUGCUGGAGGCAGCGCGGUGCAAUAAUCUGGAGGAGCUGGCUGAAGAAUGCUUUCAGUUCAUGGACCGUAUGGCAGCCGAGCUGAUUAGAGAGGAAUCCUUCCUACAGGUGUCCAAGGCGACACUGGUGGAAGUCCUUAAUCGCGACACCUUUUUAGCAUCAGAAGAUGUCAUCUUUAGGCUUAUCUGCGAAUGGAGUCGCCAAAAUCCUCAGGAGAAUAUUCAAUCGCUCUUUUCGUUGCUUGGUUUGCCACUCACCAGUGAGGAAGAACUUUACGUGGGGAGCUCCUCAGGCCACAUAGAAGCGGAAAAACCUCCCAGAACUGAGCCCUACCUCGCCACCUUGUGGCCAGAGAAGGAUGUGGCCUAUGACAAGUAUUUCUUACGGCGUACACGUGGCAGCCACGACGAGCAAAUGAUCGAUUUGAGGCACUUUUACAGAAUAAAUUGUGUCAGCCUUAUCGAACGUAUAAAAUCUGUGGAGAUCUGCUAUGAUGUGCAGGUCUCCUGUGACCAGCAACGUUGGGAUUGUGUGAGCAGGAUAAUACCAGGUGGAAUGCCUUGGCCCGAGGGCUGGAUGAAUGUCUACUUUGCGGAACGACUCGUGCGCUUUAUACGGAUAGUGAAUCCCGAAAAUGAGCGCAAAGAUUUGUUGGCAUAUUUCGAGUUGCAAGCAAAGCACACGACAAAGCUUUAA